AUUAUAGCACAUUAUGCUAUAUUUACUCUAUUACCAAUAAGGUUGUGGCUCAUCAUGUACUUAUAUAAAUAUUAUAAUUCUGCUAAAUAAUGAAUUUUUAAAUUGUAAAUCACAUAAAUAGCCUUUUAUUUGUUCUCAAUUGACCGCAAUUACGGCUUUAGCAUUAUGCGCUGAAAAUCAUCGCUCUUGACAACACUGAACUGAACUAAAACAAAUCCAACAUUUUCCCGCUUAAAUUGCCUCACUCGGGACUUUCGUGAUGAGCAGCCAAUAACAGAUUUCUGCCUAUGUUUUGUCCCAUUACCGGGUUUUCCUCUCCCUCUGGUGUGCAUUAAGAUAUAUUGAAGACCCUGCUCGUGGACCAAAGGACAGUGAAAUCACGGCAAACGAUGUGGGUUGUGGGACUGUGGGUGUACCUACAUUUGACUCACCUUGAAUGCAGUGAUGUUAGGGAAACAGCUGGGUUUUAUUUUACAGUAUGGCAAUGCACAAGACUGUAGUAACAUCAUGUACGUACUACUGAACGUGCAGUACCUAUAUAUAGCAGGGUACAGUUCCAGUUUAACUACUUAUUCACUUCUACAUUGCAGACCUACCUCAAAGGGAUGUGGAAAAGAUCGGUGUGGCUGGAGGGCAGAAAAGGAGUGUGUGGUACCAUCUACCUGGAUAGUUGAAGGCAGCCAGAUUUUAUAUUGGCCAUCAAAAGUUGAUGCUCACAAUGCCUUAACUAGUCGAGAAGACCCAGACCCCAAAUCAUGGAGAAAAUUUCCAUUGAAAAAAGUAAAAAUAGCUUCUGACAGUUACGAGGAAUGUGAGCAGCACCAGCUGACAUCAGCAGUAGACAGUGACAGAAGCAGCAGUGACCUGGAUGGGGAAGAUGGUUUGGCCUUGCGUGGUAGGAAGAAACGUAUGAAGAAAGCUCUGCCAAAGGACUUUAUUAGUAGUCAGGAUUUGGAUUGUCCACACUUUGCCUCAGGGCCAUCUUUAUAAGUAGUAGUUGCUCGCCCCCCCUCCACAAAAGGUUGUCCCAUACAACCAUCAACACAGAGUCUUGCCAAGUGAAGCAAGAAAAAAAUCUGAAAAGACAUAUAAUUCUGACAGAUGUGAAAGUAAGAAAGAGUAGUUACCAACAGCAAGAUGAAGGCAGUCAGUCUGAUACCCUACAUAUAGCUAGCAGCAGUGACAGCCAACACAGCAGUUUGGACCUGCAUGACAACCACAGCCUAAGGAACAGAUCUGACCGACAGACAAGACAUGACAGCAGUGACCAACAAAGCAGACAUGACAGCAGCGAUUGACACAGCAGACAUGACAGCAGUGACCAACACAAAAGACAUGACAGCAGUGACCAACACAAAAGACAUGACAGUCAUGACCGACACAACAGACAUGACAGCAGUGACUGACACAACAGACAUGACAGUCAUGACCGACACAACAGACAUGACAGUCAUGACUGACACAACAGACAUGACAGCAGUGACCGACAAAAUAGACAUGACAGCAGUGACCGACACAGCAGACAUGACAGUUGUGACCGACACAAAAGACAUGACAGCAGUGACCGACACAACAGACAUGACAGUCGUGACCGACACAACAGACAUGACAGCACUGACCGACACAACAGACAUGACAGCAGUGACCGACACAACAGACAUGACAGUAGUGACCGACACAACAGACAUGACAGAGGUGACCGACACAACAGACAUGACAGUCAUGACCGACACAACAGACAUGACAGCAGUGACUGACACAACAGACAUGACAGUCGUGACCGACACAACAGACAUGACAGUCAUGACCGACACAACAGACAUGACAGCACUGACCGACACAACAGACAUGACAGUCGUGACCGACACAACAGACAUGACAGUCGUGAUCGACACAACAUACAUGACAGCAGUGACCGACACAACAGACAUGACAGCAGUGACCGACACAACAGACAUGACAGUCAUGACCGACAGAACAGACACGACAGCAGUGACCGACACAACAGACAUAACAGUCAUGACUGACACAACAGACAUGACAGUCAUGACCGACACAACAGACAUGACAGUCAUGACCGACACAACAGACAUGGCAGCAGUGACCGACACAACAGACAUGGCAGCAGUGACCGAUGCAGCAGGCAUGACAGUCGUGACCGACACAACAGACAUGACAGUAGUGACCGACACAACAGACAUGACAGUCGUGACCGACACAACAGACAUGACAGCAGUGACCAACACAGCAGGCAUGACAGUCGUGACCGACACAAUUAUUAACAGACAUGACAACAGUGACCGACACAACAGACAUGACAGCAGUGACUGACACAACAGACAUGACAGACAGAACAGACAUGACAGCAGUGACCGACACAACAGACAUGACAGUCAUGACUGACACAACAGACAUGACAGUCGUGACCGACACAACAGACAUGACAGUCGUGACCGACACAAGACAUGACAGUCGUGACCGACACAACAGACAUGACAGUCAUGACCUACACAACAGACAUGACAGCAGUGACCGACACAACAGACAUGACAGUCGUGACCGACACAACAGACAUGACAGUCGUGACCGACACAACAGACAUGACAGUCGUGACCGACACAACAGACAUGACAGCAGUGACCAACACAGCAGGCAUGACAGUCGUGACCGACAGAAUUAUUAACAGACAUGACAACAGUGACCGACACAACAGACAUGACAGCAGUGACUGACACAACAGACAUGACAGACAGAACAGACAUGACAGCAGUGACUGACACAACAGACAUGACAGUCAUGACUGACACAACAGACAUGACAGUCGUGACCGACACAACAGACAUGACAGUCGUGACUGACACAAGACAUGACAGUCGUGACCGACACAACAGACAUGACAGUCAUGACCUACACAACAGACAUGACAGCAGUGACCGACACAACAGACAUGACAGUCGUGACCGACACAACAGACAUGACAGUCGUGACCGACACAACAGACAUGACAGUCGUGAACGACACAACAGACAUGACAGCAGUGACCGACGCAGCAGGCAUGACAGUCGUGACCGACACAACAGACAUGACAACAGUGACCGACACAACAGACAUGACAGCAGUGACCGACACAACAGACAUGACAGUCGUGACCGACACAACAGACAUGACAGCAGUGACUGACACAACAGACAUGACAGUCGUGACCGACACAACAGACAUGACAGUCAUGGCCGACACAACAGACAUGAGAGUCGUGACCGACACAACAGACAUGACAGCAGUGACCGACGCAGCAGGCAUGACAGUCGUGACCGACACAACAGACAUGACAACAGUGACCAACGCAGCAGACAUGACAGCAGUGACCGACAAGGGAGCGAUUGGAUUCAGAAUCUGUCUAGUGAAGACCUUGAUGAUGUUCAACCCUUGAACCAAGGAGAAAACCGUCAGAGUGGAUUUCCUAUGGAUUAGGCAAAAUUCCAGAGGCGAGUCAUUCAUUUGUCGCUGGAUAUGAGGACCUCUUUGCAUACUCUUACUGGUUCUACACCAAGUGACAAUGAUAUAUCAAUUCAACAGCUGGACUCUAUGGAGGAUGCAGAGGCAUUUGAAAAUGAAUUGUGAACACCCUCUUUUUGCAAAGAAAUGACAGAAAAAUUUGUCCACAUAGGUGGAAUUUCAGUGAAGGAUAUGAUAUCAAAGGUAUUGUGCAGCAUUAUGUCGAAGAAGUUGAUGUGUAAGUACAACAUGUAUGGACAACGGGGCAGAGUGGCUUUUAAAAAUACAAGAUUGUGCAGUGUCAUCACAGACUGUUAUGAAGAAAUUCAGAGAUGUGAGUUUAACAGAAAUACACAUGAUUGCAACACAAUUGUGUAAUGCCCCAAAAAUGAAGUAAAGUGGAAACUAAAUCAUGUAGGGUAGUGGGCAAAUAGUGAUGCUGGGUCAGGGGAUACCAUAAAAUCAGGUAACCAGACAUUUUUUAGGGUUUUGGCCUAUAAAUUCUUGUAGAACUACACUAUUUGAAACCUGUCCUUACUGUGAAAACUGUUCUGAUCUGUCCAACAGUGUGGUUAGACUCAGGAAAACUGUUGAUACCCACAUUUUUAUUCCAGGUAUGGUGUGCAAAAAAUGUAGCAACAAGAUAUGUGUAUUCUCAAAGCAUGAACAGAAAUUUGUAUUAGUAAUUAAAA